UUUAAGUGAAGUGAGGACCUCGGCUUUCCUGGUUUUCUCUAUUCAGUUUCGGUGCUGGCAACUUCAGGAUAGACUGUUUCUGUAUGGCCCCAGGUGUUACUAUGUCUUCUUUAUCGAUUGGCUUGAAAGCUGAAGACACUACACGUGCAGUUAUCGGAGGAAGAAACGAUUUGCAGACAAAUCUGAAUAUGACAGGGGAAGAUGAGACGGAGAAGCCAAAAGUUGCGAUUCUACCAUUCAGUGUUGAAGCGCUGAUGGCUGAUAGGAAACCGAGCAGAGACUUGUCAACUUCGGAAGGAACGUCAGUUGCGGGAACGUCUCACGCGCUCAGUCCAAGAAUGGGAUCACUAACUGGCCCAGAUACUGCGGUCUCACCCCUGGCUAUCGGCUCGCCCUUCUCGGUAGGAGGAAUUAUGGCAAUGCAAGAGGAUGCACUUGUCAAAUCCGAAAGCCCGGAAAGACAGGACCGUAACUCUUGGAUACAAAGUCCCCGGUUCUCCCCACCUCCUCCAAGAAGGCUGAGCCCCCCUGCCUGUCCCCUGAGAAAGCACAAAACCAACAGAAAGCCCAGGACCCCGUUCACUACGUCCCAACUUCUGGCGCUGGAGAGGAAGUUUCGCCAGAAACAAUACCUGUCCAUUGCCGAGCGCGCGGAGUUCUCCAGCUCUCUCAACUUGACAGAGACGCAAGUUAAAAUCUGGUUCCAGAAUAGAAGGGCGAAAGCAAAGAGGCUACAAGAAGCAGAACUUGAAAAACUGAAAAUGGCAGCCAAACCCAUGCUGCCUCCAGCGUUUGGGAUUUCUUUUCCCCUUGGCGCCCACGUCCCUGCAUCCUAUGGAACAUCGCACCCCUUUCAAAGACACUCCUUGCCCGUGUCUCCCGUUGGACUUUAUGCCGCUCAUGUUGGAUACAGCAUGUAUCAUCUGGCGUAAAGGGGAAAAGGCCUUACCCGCAUUGAUGUAUUCGACAUACUUCCAAUCACAUCUCAAACGUUUAACGUAAACAGAGGAAUGUAAGGCUAAAAGACUUUCAAGUGUUAUAUCACGUGUAUACUAUAUUUGGUUCAGUAGUGUAAUGCAGGAUUAAGUAUAGAAAGGCAAAUUCAUAUCGACUCCAACAGGUACUUAAUGUACGCUGGCACUAGCAUAACUGUUCUGGUCACGGUUGACCUUACCGUGUUAAACUGAAGCAGAAUUUGUUGAGAGAUGUCCAUACUGUGGGUGGCAGUUCUACCCGGCUGUUAUUUUAAAAGAGACUGAUAUAUCAAUAGUAAAACAAGGGCGCAUCAUCAGUAUUCAAUGGCGAUAUGAACCAGCAAGCUUUAGAAACCCCAGGUAGGUUUGGUUCUUUCACCACUAAUGAAGAUUUCACCUUGCAUUCAAAAAUUCAAGA